UAUGCGGAAACGACGUCAGGAAAGUGCGCCGUGUUUACUAACGGCGGCUAAACGGUGGCUAAACGCAGGUAGGAGAAAUACAAGUUGCUCUCAGGACAACUCGGAUGAAUUGAGCGAACAGAGUUCAAACAAGAAAUGAUGGCGGACCCAUCGGUCUCGUCAGGAGCUUUAGCAGCGCGGACAGGAGGCAGUAAAUCCGCCUCGAGUCCCGCUGAGAACUACCAUCUGGCCAGACGACGCACCCUGCAGGUUGUUGUCAGUGCCCUGCUGACAGAGAGUGGCUUUGAGAGUGCGGAGAAGGCAGCGGUGGAGACCCUUACUGAAAUGAUGCAGAGCUAUAUAACUGAAAUAGGACGCUGUGCUAAAGCCUAUUGUGAGCACACGGCCAGAACCAUUCCGACCCUCUCCGAUACCGUGGUCACGCUCAUUGAAAUGGGGUUCAAUGUAGACACGCUGCCUGUGUACGCAAAAAGAUCCCAAAGGAUGGUUAUAACUGCCCCUCCAGUGACAAAUCAACCUGGAGCUCCCAAAGCUCUGUCAGCUGGACAGAAACGUUCACAUCCCUCCCACAUCCCAGGCCACUUUCCAGAAUUCCCUGACCCUCACACCUACAUUAAGACACCAACAUUCAGAGAGCCCGUGUCAGAUUACCAAGUAGUGAGAGAGAAGGCAGCGUCGCAGAGGAGAGACGUGGAGCGAGCACUCACCCGCUUUAUGGCCAAGACGGGAGAAACUCAGAGUCUCUUUAAGGACGACAUCACUGCCUUCCCCUUGAUUGCAGCAAGGCCCAGUGUCAUUCCUUAUCUUAGCGCCCUCCUGCCAUCUGAGCUUGAACUGCAAGCGCUGGAGGAGACAGAUUCUUCAGAGCAGGACGACCAGACAGACAGCGACAACACAACAGGAAACCACAUCACUGAUGAUCCUGGUGCAGACAAGGAGAACUCCCUGCUUCCUCCCAGUGGUGGCGUUCCCUCCACGAAGGCCAGUGAAGACAAUGUGAUAGAUAAUCCAUACCUUCGACCCGUCAAAAAACCCAAAGUCAGGAGGAAGAAAUGAUUUGGAAUCCCGCUGAAUUUACAGACUUGCACCUGCCACCUUGGUUGGUGCUCUUAUCAGUGGACAGUGAUUCCCUCCACAUAGAGACGUGGCGCCAUCUACAGACCCACUUCGUUUAGUGGGGACAUGUGGCUGCUUUUCCUCCAUGCUGGGACCAACACGGCUGUAGAUUAUUUACAUUACAAUCCAGGUGGAACGAUAAGAUUAACUUCCUAUUUGUUAACAAUCUAUUUCUUUUUUUCAAAAAGCACUCAUUUGGUUUGGAAACAGUUUGUAUGUUGAGUCGUGUAAUAUACAGACAGCCAUUUUGUGAAUAAAGAAAACUAAGUUUC